AUGACGAAUGUGAGUACGACUACUCUGUCACCCCUUAUAUCUCAAUUGAAUUCCAUCAACUCGGAUUUUAAUCGUUAUAUUCCUAUACCGUUGUUGGUAUUAGGAACAUUGGGAAAUAUAUUCAACUUAAUUAUGUUUCGGCAAAAAGCACUACGGGUUCUAUCAUGUUCUAUUUAUUUUUUAUCAUCAACUGUGUGCAACUUUUUUGCUUUAUACUCUGGUCUUAUUACACCCUUUCUCAGUUUGUAUGGCCUUGAUCCAACGGUCUAUUCUGCGGCAUUGUGUAAAAUACGAUAUUAUAUUCGUUAUACAUCCAUUACAUUAUCGUCAUGGUUUACUCUAUUAGCAUGCAUAGAUCGUUUUAUGUCAACUUCUCAGAAUGCAAAUGUUCGCCAUUAUAGUAGAUUACCCAUAGCCUAUCGUGUGACGCUUAUUACCGUCUUGGUUGGUAUGACAGGUCCAUUUACACAAACAUUCUACUGUUACGACCUGAUCAAUAAAUCAUGUACAACUCGCGAUACUCCAUGCAAACUGCUAAAUGAUAUCAUGCUAUUAUCAUGUCUUAGUUUCGUUCCGCAAAUCACUAUGGUUGUGUUUACAUUUCUAACCAUCAGAAAUGUGAGAAAGAUGAGAAUGAGCACAAGACGAUAUGAUGUUAAAUUGGUUAAAAUGUUACAAGUUCAAGUCAUUGUCAUGGUUAUUUUCUACUCGAUACCUGUUACCGCUCAAAAAUUGUAUGCUGAUUCAACAGUAUAUGUCACCGGCAAUUCUGUAUAUAAAAUUUACUUUAUCGAGAAUGGAGAUAAAAGAGAAGAAAUUUGUUUAAUGACUAUUAAAUACAUAGAAUUAUGUCUUGAACUUCUGUUAAAAUACCGUUCAUCGAAUGAUUUUAUAACUGGUAAUAUUUUCCAAGCAUUAGCUCAGCUUUAUAAAUUAAUACCAAGAUAUGAUGAUGCUUUGAAUAAUUACGACGAAGCUCUAGAAAUUUAUCUACAACAGGCUGCAUCUUGUCAUCAUGGAAUUGAAAUGUCAAUAACUGAACCACUUAAAUACCAAGUAAUAAAACAUGAAUAUAAAUUGAAAUUACUAGCAAUAGAACCAACAAUGAAUGAUGAGGGUGAAAUUAAUUUGAAGAAAAAACAAAUAGCUGAUAGUCAUAUUGAAUUAGCUGAUAUUUACAUCAAAUUACAACAACAUGAUUUAGCUUUUGAACAUUUAACAAUAGCUAUAAAUUUCUAUAAAGAAACUAAGAAUUCUAAUUACGAAGCCAUUGAAGAAAAAAUGAAAAUUGUACAGACCUUUCUACAAUAA